GCCCCACCUUUCGGUGGUCGAGGUCCUGCGGAUCGCCCCCUGCAAGGAGGCCCCGCCCCCGCUGCUCCGUCGCGCCCCGCCCAGGCCCGCAGCGCGGCUGCAGCGCAAGGGGCGGAGAGGCAGAGCGCGCAGAGAGGACCAGACGCCCAGGUCGCCCGCAUCCCGGUGCUGCAGGAGACCCAGCGCGCGCCCCGGCCCUGCUUCGCCGCCUGCGCCCGGGCGUCCCAGCUGCUUUCUCGGCCCCAGCGACCGAGCACCUGUCCUUCACCUCGGCCUCAGCGGAGCGCUGCCUCCCGUUCGGAGCACACACUACCCCCUGCAGCCGAAGUGCCCAGCACCGCGCCCGCGACCACCAUGGCGGAGACCAACAACGAAUGCAGCAUCAAGGUGCUUUGCCGAUUUCGGCCCCUGAACCAGGCCGAGAUUCUGCGGGGGGACAAGUUCAUCCCCAUUUUCCAAGGGGAUGACAGCGUCGUUAUUGGGGGGAAGCCAUAUGUCUUCGACCGUGUAUUCCCCCCAAACACGACUCAGGAGCAAGUUUACCAUGCAUGUGCCAUGCAGAUCGUCAAAGAUGUCCUUGCUGGCUACAAUGGCACAAUUUUUGCUUAUGGACAGACAUCCUCAGGGAAAACACAUACCAUGGAGGGAAAGCUACAUGACCCUCAGCUGAUGGGAAUCAUUCCUCGAAUUGCCCGAGACAUCUUCAACCACAUCUACUCCAUGGAUGAGAACCUUGAGUUCCACAUCAAGGUUUCUUACUUUGAGAUUUACCUGGACAAAAUUCGUGACCUCCUAGAUGUGACCAAGACAAACCUGUCUGUGCAUGAGGACAAGAAUCGGGUGCCAUUCGUCAAGGGUUGUACUGAGCGAUUCGUGUCCAGCCCAGAGGAGAUUUUGGAUGUGAUUGAUGAGGGAAAAUCAAAUCGUCAUGUGGCUGUCACCAACAUGAAUGAGCAUAGCUCUCGAAGCCACAGCAUAUUCCUUAUCAACAUCAAGCAGGAGAACAUGGAGACUGAGCAGAAGCUGAGUGGAAAGCUGUAUCUUGUGGACCUGGCAGGGAGUGAGAAGGUCAGCAAGACUGGAGCAGAGGGAGCUGUGCUGGAUGAGGCAAAGAAUAUCAACAAGUCACUGUCAGCCCUGGGGAAUGUGAUCUCUGCACUGGCUGAGGGCACAAAAAGCUACGUUCCAUAUCGUGACAGCAAAAUGACACGGAUUCUCCAGGACUCUCUGGGAGGGAACUGCAGGACAACCAUGUUCAUCUGCUGCUCACCAUCCAGUUACAAUGAUGCAGAAACCAAGUCCACGCUGAUGUUUGGGCAGAGGGCAAAGACUAUUAAGAACACUGCUUCAGUGAAUCUGGAGUUGACUGCUGAGCAGUGGAAGAAGAAAUAUGAGAAGGAGAAGGAGAAGACCAAGGCUCAGAAGGAGACAAUUGCAAAACUGGAGGCUGAGCUGAGUCGGUGGCGCAAUGGAGAGAAUGUGCCUGAGACCGAGCGCCUGGCUGGAGAGGAUGAGACACUGGGAGCUGAGGUCUGUGAGGAGACCCCUGUGAAUGACAACUCAUCCAUUGUGGUGCGCAUCGCACCAGAGGAGCGGCAGAAAUAUGAGGAGGAGAUCCGCCGCCUCUAUAAACAGCUUGACGACAAGGAUGACGAGAUCAACCAGCAGAGCCAACUCAUCGAAAAGCUCAAGCAGCAAAUGCUGGACCAGGAGGAGCUGCUGGUGUCCACUCGAGGAGACAACGAGAAGGUUCAGCGGGAGCUGAGCCACCUGCAGUCAGAGAAUGACGCUGCAAAGGAUGAGGUGAAGGAAGUGCUGCAGGCCCUGGAGGAGCUGGCAGUGAACUAUGACCAGAAGUCCCAGGAGGUGGAGGAGAAGAGCCAGCAGAACCAGCUUCUGGUGGAUGAGCUGUCCCAGAAGGUGGCCACCAUGCUGUCCCUGGAGUCUGAGUUGCAGCGGCUCCAGGAGGUCAGUGGACACCAGCGAAAACGAAUCGCUGAGGUGCUGAAUGGGCUAAUGAAGGACCUGAGUGAGUUCAGCGUCAUCGUGGGCAACGGGGAGAUUAAGCUGCCAGUGGAGAUCAGCGGGGCCAUCGAGGAGGAGUUCACCGUAGCCAGGCUCUACAUCAGCAAAAUCAAAUCAGAAGUCAAGUCUGUGGUCAAGCGGUGCCGGCAGCUGGAGAACCUCCAGGUGGAAUGUCAUCGCAAGAUGGAGGUGACUGGGCGUGAGCUCUCAUCCUGCCAGCUCCUCAUCUCGCAGCAUGAGGCUAAGAUCCGCUCGCUUACGGAAUACAUGCAAAGUGUGGAGCUGAAGAAGCGGCACCUGGAAGAGUCCUAUGAUUCUCUAAGUGAUGAACUGGCCAAGCUCCAAGCCCAGGAAACUGUGCAUGAAGUAGCCCUGAAGGACAAGGAACCUGAUACACAGGAUGCAGAUGAAGUGAAGAAGGCUCUGGAGCUGCAGAUGGAGAGUCACCGAGAGGCCCAUCACCGGCAGUUGGCUCGACUCCGGGAUGAGAUCAAUGAGAAACAGAAGAUUAUUGAUGAGCUCAAAGAUUUGAACCAGAAGCUCCAGUUAGAGCUGGAGAAGCUUCAAGCUGACUAUGAGAAGCUGAAGAAUGAAGAGCAUGAGAAGAGUGCCAAGCUUCAGGAGCUGACAUUUCUGUACGAGCGACAUGAGCAGUCCAAGCAGGACCUCAAGGGUCUGGAGGAGACAGUUGCCCGGGAACUCCAGACCCUCCACAACCUUCGCAAGCUGUUCGUUCAAGACGUCACAACUCGAGUCAAGAAAAGUGCAGAAAUGGAGCCCGAGGACAGUGGGGGGAUUCAUUCCCAAAAACAGAAGAUUUCCUUUCUUGAGAACAACCUGGAACAGCUUACAAAGGUUCACAAACAGCUGGUACGUGACAAUGCAGAUCUGCGUUGUGAGCUUCCUAAAUUGGAAAAACGACUUAGGGCUACGGCUGAGAGAGUUAAGGCCUUGGAGGGUGCACUGAAGGAGGCCAAGGAGGGUGCCAUGAAAGAUAAGCGCCGGUACCAGCAGGAGGUGGACCGCAUCAAGGAGGCUGUGCGGUACAAGAGCUCGGGCAAGCGGGGCCAUUCCGCCCAGAUUGCCAAACCUGUGAGGCCUGGCCACUACCCUGCAUCCUCACCCACCAAUCCCUAUGGAACCCGGAGCCCCGAGUGCAUCAGUUACACUAACAGCCUCUUCCAGAACUACCAGAAUCUGUAUCUGCAGGCUGCACCUAGUUCCACCUCAGAUAUAUACUUUGCUAACUCCUGUAACAGCAGUGGAGCCACGUCUUCUGGCAGCCCCUUGGCUUCCUAUCAGAAGGCUAACAUGGACAAUGGAAAUGCCACAGAUAUCAACGACAAUAGGAGUGACCUACCAUGUGGCUAUGAGGCUGAGGACCAGGCCAAGCUUUUCCCUCUCCAUCAAGAGACAGCAGCCAGCUAAUCUUCCAGUGAAGGCUACAUACCUGCACUUUCAGUUUCUAAGAGGGACUGAGACCUCUUUCAGCAUGCUGCAAAACCUGUGGUCUCUGAUACUAACUUCCUCCCCAACCCUUGUUGUUGGACUGUACCGUUUGAUGUCUUCUCCUACUUACUCUGUAUAUCUUUGUACUCUGUAUCUGUAUAUCAGAAGCUGCUGCUA